AAUGGUGUUUAUGUAGUAGUUGGAGGGCUCACUGGACUUGGCUUUGAAACAGUGAAAUUCAUUGCGGAGAAUGGAGGGGGAUGUAUUGCAAUACUCUCCAGGAAAAGUCCAAGCAAAGAGAAGCAAGAUGAGCUGAAGGCUCUGGAGCAGCGGUAUAAGGGGAGCAAAGUAGUGUUUGUGCAGUGUGAUGUGACUUCGACCAGUGAUGCUGAGAAAGCUUUCCGGACCAUUGCAAACAUCUCUGCAGGGAGUCCAGUCAAAGGAGUAUUUCAAAGUGCUGUUGUUUUACACGAUGGCCAUGUUGAAACUCUGACCUUGGCUGACUUUCAGAAAGUGCUGAGCCCCAAAGUAGCAGGGACCCUAAAUCUUCAUUGGGCUACCAGAGGCCAGGAGCUUGACUACUUUGUGUGCUAUUCCUCUGUAACUUCCUUUCUGGGAAAUUCCACCCAGGCAAACUACGCAGCUGCCAACUCUUUCUUGGAUGUCUUCUGCCUCUACAGGAGGAACUGUGGGCUUGCAGGUCAAGCCAUUAACUGGGGUGCACUGAACCUUGGCAUACUGCUCAAUCAAACCCAUAUUCAGAAUGUUCUGGAAUCCAAGGGCAUAGACAUUCUGCAAGUGGAUGAAAUUCAUGACUAUCUCAGGAAGAGCUUACUUCUGAAUAAGCCACAGCAAGCUGUCGUCAAAUUAAACUUUCAGACUUUAUUGACUCAUGUUUUUACUCGGAUUGUUUCACUCAAAAGCCGCUUUGUGUCACUUAUGUCAGAAGAAUUAAGGAGUAAGAUUGAAACCUCUGAGGAAACUCAAGUCCAGGAUACUGCCUUAAUCAAAUCUGAAGACUAUAUCAUCUCACUGGUGAGUGACCUCACCAGGCUGAAGCCAGAUGAACUAACCAUGAAUACGCCGCUUUCAUCAUUGGGCAUGGACUCUAUGUUAGCUAUGACAAUUCAGAACCGUGUCUUUCGAGAGAGAAAGGUGGACAUACCUCUUCUGAAACUGCUUGAUCCUCACACAACUCUGUCAAAUUUAGUGCUAGUUUUAGAAGAAACAAGCAAU